AUGAGUGCGCGUCCCGUCGUUUUGUCCUAUCUCACUCACGUCUUGGAUAAUUUCAGCUUUAAAUAUGUCGGCGCAGCCUUGUUGUCGACCGUCUAUCUGUUGCUUUGUCAGCGCGCUAUGGUCAACAGAUUCCGUAGGCGUGCUGGAAUAAAGUACCCUCGGCUGUACGCCGAGAAAGCAGAGGCUGCAGCAUCCAGCGAUGCCAACAAGUUUAAUUGCGCUCAACGUGCUCACCAGAAUACUCUUGAAAACAUUCCCAUCAUCUACGUGUUGACUCUUCUCUCGAGCGUCAAGUACCCCAUCUUUGCCGCGACAACUUGUGCCCUCUGGACUGUGACUCGGAUUUUCUAUACUCGCGGAUACAUCACUGGUGAUCCCGGCAAGCGCCUGGGUUUCACGCAUCAUAUCUCCACCGCUGCGACUCUUUCUCAACUCGUCGUGUCCACCUUCAUAGUGGGAGGAUGGCUUCUCGGUGGACUUGCAUCCAAGAUUUAG